GACGACGACGAUGAUGAUAAUGAUAAUGAUGAUAAUGACAGCGACGAAGAUAACGAAGAUAACGAUAAAAAUUUGAACAAAGCCUUGAAGAAUAUUCUGGACAAAGGUAAAGGUCCAACGACAACCCAGGAGGCCGAAGAGGAGCUCACGCGACGGCUGUUUCUACAUCGGGAUGGGAGGUAAAAGCGCGAAACCCAAGAUUCCCUCCUAUGAGCCCUACCAGUGCUGUCCCGCCAAGCUCGCCCACGGCACCAAGGUCGCCAAGGUCACCAAAAUCGGUCCGAUUGCCAAGGACAAGCGCAAAUUACAAGGUAGUACGGAUAAGCCACAACUGCCGGCACUGAAGCCUAUAAACAAGCUCACGGCCAAGGAGAGCAAAAAGUCAGCGACGAUAUCGAAAGUUGAAGCGAAGGAACCCAAGUCUAAGGCCAAGAGAGGAUUUUUUGGAAGCGUUGUAGCUGGAAUACCUUACCUCAUGAAGGUCUAAACGACCGACACGCACAUCGACGUCCAGAUGCGCGAGAUUGAGCUGUGAACGAAGAGAAAGUACUACUCGCCGGACAAUUAUGAUCAAACCAGUGAUCGAAUGAAGAAAAAAAUGCGAUGAGAAAAUGCGCGCGAUGACGGAAGAAGCCACGAGGAACAGUUUGGACAGGAUAAACCAAAUAUCGCCGUUGAGCGAGUAACAAUUUUACGUUUCUUAAAGAAACAAAAUGCCUCGUUGCCAUUUAACAUCGUCUAUCAUCGCCUAUCAUCGUCAAUUCAAAUUAUCGUCCAUCAUCGUGUUCGUCCGCGAAUUCAUUAACAUUCUCGUUAUUAUCGUAUCAGCGUUAUCAUAAUACAACGUCAUCUGUAUCGCUACAAUCAACGAUAUCGUCAUCUUCUCGAUAUAUUCAUCCGUGUGUUACGCGCAGGAAGGUAAAUAAACAUCUGCGAGAUCUUAAUGUUUCUGUAAAAAUACGUAACGAUCCUGAUAUCUCAAAAAUAUUCUAUGAUCGACGAAAGUACAUUAUAGAAAAAAAUUUAUAAUAUAUUAGGUAUGUAUACAUAUUAUACACAACAUUAAAGAUAUUCGAGAAGAACAACGUUCGAUAGUAUGUCAAUCCGGUGUCUGUCGAUAAUCACGCAAUAGACAGAAUUAUUCUCGCAACAUAUGCAUUUCUUAUAUAAAGUUUUUUUUUUUUUUGAUCCUUAAUAUCUGAUCAUUGUCUAACGCUGAAUAUUAUUUGUCGGUUUUGUUUUACUCGUUAACCCAUUAACGUCACGAAGAGCGAUACCACCUUCUGUGUUGCAUUUCAUCGGUAAUAUUCGUACAAUAAGGGGUAGGACUGUAUAGUAUAGACGGAGAAAGAAAGAUGUAUAAUUCGCUGUUGUCGAGAUCAUCAUAGUGUUCUACCUAGACUUUACGGUACACGCUCUAGCGAUUAAUUUAACAUGAGAUUAAUUGUUUGUAACUAAACCCAUCUCUCACUCUGAGGUCUCAUUUUUAUCGAUUUCUAUAGACUUUCUAUGUUCCAACAAAUUCUAUGGAUCCUCGAGCUACAGAUUUCUUCCUCUUAUUUUUAUAAGACAAGAAGAUCUUAAGAAUGUGAAAGUGCGGAGGCUCAGAGUUAACGCGAAAUUAUGUGAACGAAUGGCUUGUCUAUAAUUUAUUAAUAACGAGAUUUCUUAAUAAUACGGGAUUCUCAUAAUGUUUUCAUAUCGAUUUUUUCCUCGAAAGAGAAAUUGCCUAAUUAUUACAAAUUUGAUAUCUAUUCAAAUUGCUAGAAUUUUAAAAUAUUCAGCAUUACAAUAUUAAUUAAAAACUGUCAUUAUCGCGAUCUCUUUUUUAAAAUUUCAACAUUUAUAAGAACAAUAAAAAAAAAACACAAAUGAAAACCUCUUACAAAUUGUAAAUAAUUAUAUGUAUUAUUUCUUAAAGCGCUACUUUUUUGUCUCUAUUAUGAUAUAUCUUGGCCUUUCUUUACAAUAUUUUACGAUUCUUUACAUCGAGUCUCACGUGAAUUUCUCUUAUUGCUUCCACUAUCAUUAAUCGCUUAUUUAGCUUAACACGUAACUGCAUAAAACCGAUACAAAAUGUAAAUGAAAAAUAGUCUUUCGACGAUGUGCGAUUAGGUCGUGCGAAGAAAUUACGAUAUAGAGAGGUGUUUAUUUAUUUAUUUAUUUAUUAUAUAUUUUGAAAUACCUCGUUACUUGUAUUCAUUGCUCCGAUAAUUUGCGCAAGAUAUAAGCACGUCACCAUCCUCGGAACUGUCAAAUUGCAGGUGAGAUACUAAUAUUGUAAUAAUAUUGUAUUCCGACGUAGGAGCGUAAAAUUGAUCAUUUUAGAUACUCUAGAAAAAUUCAUCGCGUCACAAACGGAUGAGGGUUUUGCGAUCAACGCAAAAUUAAUUUUUGUCACAUUGUAUCUGUGAUCAUCAUGAUUAUCAGACGUCGUGAAUUUAUCGCACGUGAACGUUGCGUGCGAGCCAAUAAGUCCUCGUUAUACGCAUAAGAGCAGUAUGUACGAUAAUAAAAGUCGAUAUUAUACGAUAACAAUAAAUACAUUUCCUAAUA